CCCCAUACACUGCGCAGAGGGGCCCGGAGAAAGCCGGUCUCAAGGGCCGGAGGGGGAGGCUUGAGCGAGGGGCUAGAGCCGCGAGGACUGACCAGCACCAGAGGACACAAGAGGAGGAGAGAGACCUCACUGGUUCGGGCGACAUUUCACCCCCCAGCACCCCAGUCGGCACAGAAUGUGGAAAGGGAAGCUCUCGGGCGUGUUCCUGACUGAGGAUCGCAUAACAUUUAACUUGAGGAACUUCCUCCUUUUCCAGCUUUGGGAGUCAAGCUUCUCACCUGGGGCGGGUGGGUGCUCCAACACCCUCCCACCCUCCUUCCUCCUUGUGGACGACAGAGCCACAUCCAGCACCACGGACAGCUCCUGGGCGCCCUCAUCUCCUCGUCCUCCAGGCAGCACAAGCUAUUGUGGAAUCUCCACCGGGUGUACAGAACGGUGCCUGUGCAUCCUGCUGCUCAGGACCUCUCAAGUCCCCGAUGUGAUGGCUCCUCAGCAUCAUCAGGAGAAAUUCCAUGAUCUUGCUUAUUCGUGUCUUGGGAAGUCCUUCUCCAUGUCUAACCAAGAUCUGUACGGCUAUAGCACCAACUCUUUGGCUCUUGGCUUGGCAUGGCUGAGUUGAGAGGUAAGGAAGGAAUGCCACCUAGCUUUAGUGACUUCAUAAAGGUUCCUGGACUCCAGCUAUUAGAAUUGGGAAACUGAGACUUGCCUAGCUUGGUGAGAGGUCUGAGUGUCCCUUAAAGUCUUGGGAACCCCCACCCAAACCUUCUGUUUACAGAAGAGGAGUAAAUGCCACAUAAUGCUUUGAAAUUCCCCCUCUGAGCCCGCAUCAGCACCCCAGAAAGAGUCAGGAGCCGGAGACCAUGGAAUAGCAAUAGUCCCCAGGCCCUCUGGGCUCCCCCUUUGGAAGCCAGUCUCCCAGCUCCUGCCUUGCGGGGAACAUUCCAACAGGGCCUCAGAUCCUGGGAUAGUGAGAGUUCCCUCCUUCUGGACCCCAACCGGAAGGCAGAGAAUGGUCACUUUGACCUCGAGGAGCAUCUAUAAGGGGCACUAAGCAGAGGCCAGCUUUGCUGAGGGAAUCCUGAAUGAGGAGCAGGUGGAGAGAAAAAGGAGGCCAUUCUCAACUGAGGAAGGGUGGGCUGGGAGGGAGGGGCUGGGGAUAAUUUAUGAUAUCAUUGUUCCCCCACCCCACUUACUUCCCAGCUACUGUACCGUUGCUAGGAGAGCCUGGCUCUGUCUGGGGCUGGGAGGGUGUAACAGGCGGGAGGCUGUUCCAUCUGCACUCCUCCUUCCCCACCCAGGGGAGGGCACCUCAUGGAGCUGCAUCCACCACCCCUUCCCAGGCCCUGACAGACACCAGUCUCUUCUGUCGUUCCCCCAAAUCUAGCCACUCAAGGGAUAGCAGGACUCCCAGGUGGGCUGAGGAUCUAGAGCAAGGAAUGGGCAAGGGAGUAUGGAAGAAGAGACACUGGCAGACUUAGAGGGGCACUCAGGAACAGCUGGCCCACCUCGAGACCUGGGAGCUGGCCGGGGCAGGAAGAGGGCCAGAGGGGGUCAGGGAAACAGUCCUGGCAGAGCCCAGGUUUGCAGAAGACAGAGUCCUUACAUUUGAGGGGUUCCUGAUGCGAUGGGCAAGGCGGACCUCUCAUCCCCACUCCUCCACACUGUCAAGAUCCAGGUUGGAGAGGUGGCAAAGGUAGGGGAAGGAGGAGCUGGAGCAGGGAGGAGGGAGGUGAGCUGGGAGAGGCUGAGGAGAGUCUAGGAAGAAGAAAGGCCACACUGGUCUAAGUGGAGCUGGGCCAUGCCUGGCUGUGGCUCAGAUCCCCUCCUCUUUCUGAAAAUCUCUUCUCAGAUCUUAAGGCUCUUGGAGAAGUCAAGGGAGGUGAACUUUGGGGGUUUCCAAAGCUGCUGACUCCCAACCCUGGAUGGGACAGGAAAGGAAGGCUGUGCCCACAGCUGUGCCUGACACCUGAUUCCUGUGCAGCCCCUACUGGGUUUAUUUGCCUUUCCUGGACAUAGCUUCCCCACCCCAGAAAGGAAGGAGCUGACCCUGAUUUGUGCCCAUGUGGUUGUGCAAGCCCCUCCGUAGCCAUUAGCUUAGCUAAUCUUCCCAACAGCCCUGAAAACCAGGUGAUACUGUCCCCACUUUAUGAAGGAGGAAUCAAAGCCUCAGGAAGGCUAAGACACUUUCCCAGAGUCACAGGACUGGUAAGUUGGGCUGGGCUUCAAGUGGGGCUUCGUAGACCCCAAAGCAUUUGUCCCCUUCCCCCGCUGUGCUGACUUCUGAAACACAAAUGGAGGGACUGAGAGAAGAGAGGACCAGAUAGGUGGAAUUCUUGGCAUGUUCUCCAGUGUAGGGGUAAAGUCUGAGAGAUGAUAAACAUCUUGCAGGUUGAAGACAGGAUUGGGGAAAUGGCCAUGGGAGCUGUGGAAGUGACCAAAAGUCUACUGGGCUGGUCCUUAGCCCAAGUGCAGCCUGCUCCCUGCCUUCCUGAAGCAAGUCCCCUGGGCUCCCUGCCUAAUCUCUCCUGUUCUUGGGAUCUGAGUUUCCGCCUUAGGCAUUUCCCUCAUCUCCCCCAUUGCCUUGGAUAGAGCACCUGAAAGAGGUGCCUAGACUCAAGCCACUAUCAUGGCAGAUCCCUUUGUGAUGACCCCUUCCCUAGCUCCUCACCUUGGCUGAUGGAAGUGAGCUCCUUCCAAGACCACUGGAAGUUUGUCCUCUGCCUCCUCCUAAAGUCUCCCUCCAAAGAGUAGUUUUUGGCUGGGCAUGGUGGCUCACGCCUGUAAUUCCAACACUUUGGGAGGCCAAGACGGGUGGAUCACUUGAGGUCAGGAGUUCGAGACCAGCCUGGCCAACAUGGCAAAACCCCGUUUCUAAUUUAGCCGGGUAGGGUGGCGUGCGCCUAUAAUCCCAGCUACUCAGAGGGUGAGGUAUAAGAAUUGCUUGAACCUGGGAGGCAGAGGCUGCAGUGAGCCAAGAUCAUGCCAUUGCACUCCAGCCUGGGUGACAGAAUGAGACUCCAUCUCAAAAAAAAAAAAAAAAAAGUAUUUUUCUUUAUGCUUGACAAUUUUCUUUUCAGACCAAAAAGAAGAAUGUACUUCAUCCAGUUGGACUGGAUUCCCUCUGAGAAGCCUUCCCAAUUGACUAAAAGAUGAGGCUAGGCUCUAGCAAGUUGAAGUGGAGAACCAGCUCCUUCAAGAAGCUUUCAGCAGAAUGGAAGUGGGGAGGACCCAGAUUCCAGCCCAGGCAGCCCGUUGUACCUUGAGCCAUCUGGGAUAAGACUUUGACCCAUGACUCCCAUAUCCACAACCUGUCCAUCCUGGCCCUUCCCAGUUUAUCCUGUGUCAUUUGAACUGGGAUUCCCACAUCCUCUGAGAUGGAAGUCCCAUCUCAAGUCUUCAAUAAAGACUCUUGAAUAUUGAAUC